AUGUCUGCCUCCGAACACUCUUUGAUGUUUUACGAAAAGCAAGGCCUCAUUGACCUGCCUACCGGCACGCAUCGAGUGAAAUACCUCGCCAACGAAGACUGGGACUUUUAUGUUGACAUCGCCCACAAACCCAUCGACCUUUCCCUCGUUCUGCCCCACUUCCGCGCUCGCAACCAACCUAUCGAGCAUCGCAUCAGCAUGUACAUUGCCAACGACUCCGCGCCAAUCAAGCUCAAAGUUUGUCGCAGUGUUUACCGCUCCAAAUUUGAGCUGCAAGUACGCGCCUCGACAUCAGAUGUCACAAUCUGGCUACCUUCCGAUUUCAAAGGCGUUAUCCAAGGCCAAAAGUCAGCUAAAUCGGUCAAAUUCUCAGACGGUUUCGUCAACCGCAUCAUGGCAAACGUUCGUCUGAACGACAACGCCGUCUAUGACGAGGACGAAGUCGUCGUCGCAACACGCGGCAAUGUUACCUUCCGCAUGUGGGAUGUCAACACCAAUGCGCCAGAGUGUGUGCAAAAGGAGACUUUCAAGCGGCUGUUUGGGUGCUCUCGCAAAGCUCCUGAGACCUCGCAUGACUGGGACUUCCUGCUUGAGGCCUGA